AUGGCACAGCGUCCUCAUUCAAGGCCUUUCUACGACAGUGAUAUAACAGAUUAUCGUCUCGAUUCGCCUUUCACGUCGAAUGUGGAGCUCUCUUACAUCGAGUCAAGUAGUGAAGACAAGCAACAAAGUGAAGAAGACACGCAUACGCUUCUCAAUCACAUCAAUACCGCUUAUAGCCCUCGGUACGACGACACAGUCAAGCACUCCGUUCGCGUCACAAGUAGAAUUGUCGAUGAUGAUGCACAUUCAGGCGAAGGUCUUCAAAAGUACCUGGACGAGUUGCGUGGUAGCAAGUUAGGCAGGUAUGUAAGCCUAAAUCCAUACGCCGUCGAGGAUGGACCGACCAAGAAUCCGUUUCGUGGCUGGCGAAAAGCCGUAAUCUUAGCGGCUAUCGUGACUGGCAUUGUCCUUCUGGUCAACACCAUGUUUGCAGUAGUGAUGGGUGCCAAGUUUCCUGCUGUAGACGGCAUUGGCACCAUUUACACUGGAGACUGUAAUCUAGUCAAGCGAUGGAACACUGCUCUCCAUUUGACCAUCAACUUUCUCGGCACAGCGCUUUUAGCUGCAAGCAGCUUCACAAUGCAAUGCCUCAGCUCCCCCACACGAAGCGAGGUCAAUGCUGCUCAUGCAAAGCGCAAACCUCUCGACAUCGGCAUACCUAGCUGGAAGAAUUUAGCUCACUUGCAGAGAUGGAAGGGUAUCCUCUGGUGGUUGCUCUGCUUGAGCACGUUACCACUGCAUCUUCUGCUUCUAACCCUGACGCAGCUGGAACUCUACUCUCUUUGCGACAAAUGGCACAAAUCUUUUUACAUGGCUUGCCGUAAUGAAAGCUUCCUUAGUGGUGCCAGCUGGCAGGCGCCUCCAAAUGACACGAGCUCUUACUGUAAUGGCUACACCUUACCAUCUGACAACAUACAAGUCAUCUACGGCGGUUAUAAGGCCGGCCAGUAUGAAAGGUUGGAGGCUUUGGAUUGCUUUAAUGCGUAUAAUGUCGAUUACAUCAAUACGAGGAGAAGUCUAAUUCUGGUUACGAAGCCUGAUACAACGCUGAAUAUGAGCAGGUGCGGGUAUUACAGGCAGCUAUGGAACGGUUCUUCGGUAGUAGCGCUCGACACUGACUGGAAACCAGGAUGGAACGAGCUUGGAGACUAUCCUUACUACCGGAAUGUUACUGAAUUCAAACAGCAGGCGAAGAUCGGUAACUUCACUCUCCUUGGUUAUCCAGUUGAGUAUUGUUACAGUCAAGUCACCAAAAUGUCGACGUGUCAACUCCAAUACGUUUCCUAUAUCAUUUAUGUCGUCAUCAUAUGCAAUGCCAUCAAACUCGCCUGCAUGUGUGCUGCAGCUCGAUCUCUUUGGAAUCUCAAGGAACCCAUUUUGGCCACCAUCGGAGAUGCCGUUUCGUCUUUUCUGGAUCAGCCAGACGAAACAACGAAAGGGUUCUGCCUACUAGAUGGCGCUGCAGUUCGUGCUGGUGUCUGGCGUGACUCAACGAUGAAAUACGACGUGACAUACGAUAGGAAGCCCAAGGCUAGACUGUACUCCGCUACAAGCGCAACGCGUUGGUGGUGGACAAUAAUCUUGUGUACACUCUACCUGAUCCUUGGAUUUACACUCUUUGGCUUGUCGUUUUCGCUCGCAACUGAUUACCGGACGUCUGAAGUUCUCCGCAUGAAGUUUGGACAGGUUGAUUCCGGCAUGAUAUUAGGUCUUGGAGGUGACUCUGGCAUAGGCUUGAUCAAGGACGUCCUUGUCGCCAACUCUUUUCAGCUCGCGUUAUCCACCACGUACUUCCUUUACAAUGCACUGUAUACAGCUCAAUGCGCCGCACUGGAAUGGGCUUCAUAUCUUACGGAUCGCAAGUCACUGCGUGUAACAUGGCCUCGUGGCCAACAACGGUCUACUUACUACCUUCAACUGCCCUAUCGAUACGGCAUACCAUUAACAGCUCUCCUCAUAGCUAUGCACUUCCUAAUCUCGCAAUCAAUCUUUCUCGCACGUCUUCGAUACUACAACGCGCUUGGUGACGUGUCGGAAUCUGAAAGUUUCACCGAUGUCGGCUUCUCUCCUGUUGCUAACCUUACAACGUGCUGUGUUGGCGCUCUCAUGAUUCUGGCUCAGGUCAUCAAUGCCUAUCGAUGGCUUGACAACCGUAUUCCAGUUCAUGGCAACAAAUCGGCGGUUCUUAGCGCGAUGUGUCACCCUGAAAGCAAUGGACCAUUGAAAUCGAAGAAGUAUACGUCAUUUGAGCAUCUGCAGGAGGAGAGUGUGGCCACCAUGCCAUUGACUUGGGGCGCGACACGGAAUCCGGAUGGUGGUGUGGGAGAUAACGAGGAUGCUGAAGAAGGAGCUGGCCAUUGUGCAUUUACGGAAUACACGGUACCGAUGCCAGACCCUGGGAAGAAGUAUCGUUAA